AUGAAAAUUUUCCGGCUUGCUCGAUUGGCACGGUUGAUUCGAGCAUUGCGGUUCCGGGCAUUCCACGAACUGAAACUGAUUGUGAUGGGGGUGGUCUCUGGAUUGCGUGUGAUUGGUUGGGCGAUCGUGUUGCUCCUCAUGGUUGUGUACGCAAUUGGAGUGGUCAUGCGAAAUUUUGUUGGCGAUCGACAGCAGGAGUUCGAGACCGUUUUGGCGGCCAUGUUCACGUGCUUCAGAUGCUUUACGGAUGGUUGUACGGCUUAUGAUGGGACUUCUUUGGCUGCACGUUUGCACCUGGACUAUGGUGGAGUCUUCCUUAUUGGCUACAUUUUUAUCAUCAUGCUGAUCACGGUGGGUGUGUUUAACUUGAUAAUGGCUGUUUUCAUUGAGAAUGUGAUGAGUUCGCAGUUCACUCGAAAGCAAAAUGAGAUUUCUGAAACAGCACUCCCCAUGGAGAUGAAGAUAAAGGAGCACAUCAUUCGCAAAUUGGGUUUGAGGAGACGGAGUUUCCGCGAAACAUCUGACCCAAAGACCAGGUCAGAAGGUAUGGACUGGGUAUUGCAGGCCAAAGGGCGGAAUAUUUCUCGGGAAGAGUUUGCCACAUGGCUUCAAGAUGCCGACUUCCUUCGUGUUCUGGAAGAGGCCAGCAUUGACGUGUCUGGCAGAGUUGGGCUUUUCGACGUGCUGGAUGCUGAUGGAGGAGGAGAGUUGAGCGUGAACGAGCUGGUCACCGGUCUGAUGAGCUUGCGUGGGCCGGUCACAAAGGGAGACGUUAUUGGCAUACAGCUAAAAGUUCGUCAUUUGGUGAGUAUGAUAGAAAUGGCUGAGUCAGUUGCCGCUGGUGAGAGCGGGGCUAUCGGUGCAACGGGGAGGCUGGCAGAUGGAUAG